AUGGCGAAAGCCGGCCUGAUCGCGCGCCACGCCGAUUCGGACGAUGGCCGCGCGACGCGGUUGUACCUCACCGAUGAAGGCCACGCCGCGCUCAAGCCUGUGCGACGGGUUCUCCGACGACGAACUCGAUGUCGUCGCGCGAUGGCUGCAUGCGCUGCAGGAGCGGUUUCCGGCGGAGCGCUGAGCAGCACGAUCCCGCAUCGCCGCCGGCGCUCAACGGCCCCAUCGAAAGCGAUUCCGAUUCGCAUUUUCGAUUCGAUUUUCAUGCCGUCUCGACGGCAUUUUUUGCGCGUCCGCCGCCCUCUUCCGGCAACGCUUUCCGGCUACGCACUGUUACAAAAAACUGCCUGCCGGGCGGCAUUCGAAUCGCCUACAUUGCAAUCCACCUCGACACAUUCGUCGCCUGCCCGGGCAAGGCUUCCCGUCCGGCCGACAUCGCAGUCACGCCCGACAAUCAAUGAAAAUGAAAAGGAGUCUUAA